AUGGCCGCGCCCAGACACUCGGCCAUGCUGUCCCUCAACAACGGCACGCCGCAAUCCACAUCCAGUGACCGAACACAAGCACUACAGCAACCACAAAGCCCAGCUCCAUCACAAGGCCUCCGCGUCCCAUCCAAUCGCAAAACCAUCUACGACCGACACUUGAAUCGCAGCCGCAAUGCAGAGUCCAGCCGUGCAAGCUUCGCUUAUCUAUUCGCGGAGAUGGUCACAUAUGCUCAGCGGAGGGUAACAGGCAUACAAGAUUUAGAGAAACGAUUAAAUGAACAAGGAUACCCCCUAGGCCUCCGGCUCCUCGACCUCCUCUUCUAUAGAGCAACCUCAACCUCCUCCUCAGCCCUCUCAAGCUCCUCAACCUCCUCCUCACCACCAAACAGACCCCUCCGCAUCCUAACUCUUCUCCACCUCAUCCAUGGCCCCCUCUGGCGUCUCCUCUUCCAGCGCUCAGCAGACGCCCUCGAGCACUCUGUGUCACCCGAUACUCCAAAUGAAUACAUGAUCACUGACAACGAUCCCUUGGUGAAUACCUACAUCAGUGUACCCCGUGAAAUGAGCAUGCUCAACUGCGCGGCUUUCGUGGCGGGGAUUAUUGAAGGAGUCUGUGAUGGUUGUGGGUUCGAGGCGAAGGUGUCGACGCAUAAUCAGCCGACGGAGAUGUGGCCUUCGAGGACCGUUUUCCUUGUGCGCUUUGGGGAUAGUGUUAUGGAGCGGGAGAAAGUUCUGGAGAGAGCUGGGAUUAAAUGA